AUGCGUCGAGAAUCUGGUUGGUGGCUGAACUGCAGCACCCCCAGACAGCCAGCCCAGCAGCCGUCUUUCAGCCACUUCUCUGUGCGCAACACCACCGCAUCGUCCUUCUCAGCAUCCUUAUCGCGCGUCCGCUCUUGGCCAUCAUCUCCGACGCGCUGCACGCCCCCAGAAGCCAAAGACGCAGUCACGAACAGGCACAGGACGACAACCCCUCGCGGUUGCGAUAACCACCACUUUUUGCUCGUUAGAACAUUUAUCUCUCCUCAGCCUCUCGGCCAGACUCUUGCUGUCGAGCCUUCGCCAUUCGCUAGUACUCCACGAACGCUUGCAACCGAUACCCUCAAGCCCGGGGACUUGCGCAAGGACAGCAAUACUCCACCUUCGGACUCGGAGAGGCGGCCUUCCGUCUACACAAAGUUCCCAAUGUCGAGCGAAUCCGGAAAAGGCGGCGUCACCUUUGCCAGCCAGGACAAACUACCCAAGCUUCCCAUUCCCGAGCUCGCUUCCACGUGCCGCAGAUACAUCGAGGCGCUGAAGCCUCUCCAGAACGCGCGCGAGCAUUCGGACACACAGCAAGCCGUCGACGAGUUCCUGCGGCGUGAUGGCCCGGAAUUGCAAGAGAAACUCAAGAACUACGCUCAGGGAAAGACUAGCUACAUUGAGCAGUUUUGGUACGACUCAUACCUCAAUUAUGACAAUCCUGUUGUCCUGAACCUAAACCCCUUCUUCCUGCUCGAAGAUGAUCCCACGCCAGCCAGAAACAACCAGGUUACCCGUGCGGCGUCGCUUGUCGUCUCGGCGCUCGAAUUUAUUCGCGCUGUCAGAAAGGAGGAGCUCCCCCCCGACAUGAUCAAGGGGACCCCCCUUUGCAUGUACCAGUUCUCUCGCCUCUUCGGCACUGCUCGUGUUCCAACCGAGGCCGGCUGCCAGAUUGAGCAGGACCCCAACUCCAAGCACAUGGUUGUCAUGUGCCACGGCCAGGUCUACUGGUUCGAUAUCCUCGACGACAACUCGGACGCCAUUAUGACGGAGCGCGAUAUUGCUGUCAACUUGCAGACUAUCAUUGACGAUGCUGUCAAGACUCCCAUUCAGGAAGCUGCCAAGGGUGCUAUUGGCGUCCUAAGCACAGAAAACCGAAAGGUCUGGUCCGGACUGAGAGAUGUUCUGACCCGCGAGCCUGAAUCCAACAACGCCGACUGUCUCAACAUUGUCGACUCCGCGCUCUUUGCUCUUUGCCUCGACUACAGCGAGCCUACCAGCGUCGCGGAUCUCUGUCAAAACAUGCUUUGCGGCACUAGUGAGGUUAAGAACGGUGUCCAGAUUGGUACCUGUACGAACAGAUGGUACGACAAGCUGCAGAUUAUCGUCUGCAAGAACGGCAGUGCCGGCAUCAAUUUUGAGCACACCGGUGUCGACGGCCACACUGUUUUGCGCUUCGCUAGCGACGUCUACACGGACACUAUUCUUCGAUUUGCUCGCUCCAUUAACGGCCAGGCCCCUUCACUCUGGACUUCCACCAGCCCUGAUCCUUCCAAACGCGAUCCUGAAAGCUUUGGCGACGUCAACACUACCCCUCGCAAGCUGAGCUGGGAUAUGAAACCUGAACUGAGCAUCGCUGUCCGCUUCGCCGAGACUCGUCUGGCCGAUCUUAUUGAGCAAAACGAAUUCCAGUGCCUCGACUUUGGUACCUACGGCAAGAGUUUUAUCACUUCCAUGGGCUUCUCCCCUGAUGCCUACGUCCAGAUGGCCUUCCAGGCAGCAUACUACGGUCUUUACGGACGUGUCGAAUGCACUUACGAGCCCGCCAUGACCAAGGUCUACCUUCACGGCCGCACCGAGGCCGUCCGUCCCGUGACCGAUGAAUCCGUCAACUUUGUACAGACUUUCUGGGGCGACAACCCCAUCGAAAAGAAGUUGGAGGCACUCAGGGCCGCCUGCCAGAAGCACACCGCAAACACGCGCACGUGCGCCAAGGCCGAAGGAUGCGAUAGACACUUCGGCGAGAGCUACGGCACCUCCAGCCCCCGCGAUGCCUUUUCUGACGGCGAGGAACCUUCCAACGCCUCGGAUGCGGCCGUCGAAGUCGCGCGCCCCACGCGUGGCCGUGGCGACAGCACAGGCUCCCGCUCGCGCGGCUCCUCCAAUCAAGAGCUACCUCUGCUCUUUGCCGAUAGCGGCUGGGACAAGCUCAACACGACGGUGCUGUCCACCUCCAACUGCGGCAACCCGGCGCUGCGCCAUUUCGGCUUUGGUCCCACGUCGGGAGAGGGCUUCGGCAUCGGCUACAUCAUCAAGGAUGAGGGCAUCUCCAUCUGCGUCUCCUCCAAGCAUCGCCAGACCAAGCGCUUCGUCGCCGCCCUCGAGAGCUACCUGCUCGAGAUCCGCCGCGUCCUGCGCCUCUCCAACCGCAAGUCCUCCACCGCCAAGGUCAGCCGCGCCCGCGAGGCCGAAUCGGCCCGCCCGCACCAGUCCAGCACCGCGAGCCGCGUCAAGAACCGCGGCCGUCCGUUGACCGGCACCGAACCCAUCAAGGGCGCCGCUGCCGAGGCGCAGUCCCAGUCUGCCGUGGCUGACGACAGCACGCCUGCCAGCGACGACGAUGAACUAGGCGGAUACGGAUUCUUCGACGCAGGCAUGCUUCUGCAGGCGCUUAAAGCCCGUGAGGCUAUGGAGGCGCGCAAGGCGGAAGCCGCCGCCGAUACCGUGGAGCAGACGAAGCCUUCUGAGCGAGCGGCCGUGCAAGCGAGACGCCGUGGCGAUGUUGGUAAGAAGUUGCGCCUGGCUGAAUAA